GAGUAGUUAACUCUCUCGCUCUCUCUCUCUGUCUCUUCACUCCGCUCACGUCGACUCACCAUUACCCAGAGAGAGCUGAAGCUCUGAGGUCUGGAUCCGGAGCUCCAUUUGCAUACCCUUUGAGCUUCCCGAGCUUUCCCGGGAAGAGGAGGCCGCCCCUUCUUCAUGGGCCGGAACUCUCCCCCGGACAUGGAUGACAGCCCCAGCAGCGCCACAUUCGGCUCGAUCCGCGAUCGCUUCCCGGUCAAGCGCAACCCCAGCCACCACCACGAUGCCGAUCACUUCCGGGACUACCACGGCCGCUCCGCCCGCGGCCGGUUCGCCCGGAGCCGCUUCAACCGCAAGGGCCUCUUCUGGCUGUUCCCAUUCCGCGGCAAGUCCCUCUUCUACGCGGCGAUACUGUUCGCCGUGUUCGUGUUCGCGCUGGCGUCUAUGGUGCUUCAGAGCUCGAUCACGUCCGUCUUUGGCCGCCAGGGGAGCGAGCGCGCGAGGAUGCUCAAGGAAGGGCUCAAGUUCGGGAGCACGCUGCGGUUUGUGUCCCCGCUUCAGCAGCUGGUGGAGGGCGGAGGCCUGGAUCGAGCCCGGCUCGAGAGGAGGAUCGGAGUUCGUCCGCCGAGGAUUGCUCUUAUAUUAGGCAACAUCAAGAUGGACGCGCAGUCAUUAAUGCUAUUUACUGUAGUGAAGAAUCUACAGAAACUCGGUUAUAUGUUUAAGAUAUAUGCUGUUGAAGAUGGUGAAACACGUACUGUGUGGGAGACUGUUGGCAGUCAAAUUUCGAUCCUAGGUCCUGAGCAAUCUGGCCAUAUUGAUUGGUCAAUUUAUGAAGGCAUAAUGGUCAACUCUGUUGAAGCAAAAGAGGCCAUUUCAAGCCUUAUGCAGGAGCCUUUUUGUUCACUGCCCUUUAUAUGGAUAGUACAAGAGGACAUUCUUGCAAAGCGGCUCCCAUUUUAUGAGGAAAUGGGUUGGAAUCAUCUUAUUUCCUUAUGGAAGGGUGCAUUUAGUAGGGCAGACAUCGUCCUGUUUUCUGACUUCACUAUGCCGAUGUUAUAUAGUAUGCUUGACACUGGAAACUUCUUUGUGAUUCCUGGAUCACCAGUAGAUGUGUGGUCUGCAGAGAAGUACCUCGAGACCCACGUUAAGUAUCAGUUGAGGGAGCAGUAUGGACUCCAUGAAGAUGAUUUGGUGGUUUUAGUUAUUGGGAGUUCUUUCUUCUACAAUGAGCUGACAUGGGAUUAUGCAGUCGCAAUGCAUACCAUCGGACCUCUACUUGUCAAGCAUGCUAGGAGAAAUGAUGCAGGAAGGUCUUUCAAAUUUGUCUUCUUGUGUGGUAACUCCACAGAUGGACGUGAUGAGGCUUUGCAGGAGGUUGCGUCACGUCUAGGACUUCUCCCUGGUUCAGUUCGGCAUUUUGGCAUGAAUGCUGAUGUAAAUGGUGCCUUGUUUAUGGCAGACAUUGUUCUUUAUGGUUCUUCCCAGGAUGAACAGGGUUUUCCACCAUUACUUAUACGAGCUAUGACAUUUGGGAUUCCUCUUGUUGUACCGGAUAUUCCUAUCAUAACAAAAUAUGUUAUUGAUGGUGUGCAUGGAAUCAUUUUUCCAAAGCUUAAUCCUGAUGCUUUGAUGAAGGCAUUUUCCCUUUUGAUAUCAGAUGGUAGACUCUCUGAGCUGUCUCUUGCUGUUGCUUCAUCUGGAAAACUGCUUGCAAAAGACAUGUGGGCAUCAGAAUGUGUAACUACAUAUGCAAAGCUUCUUGAGAACAUUCUUCAUUUUCCAUCAGAUGUUGUUUUGCCUGGUACUGUUUCUCAGCUUCAGCAGUUGACAUGGGAGUGGAAUUUUAUUGCAAAUCAAGAAACGAGUGACAUGCCUAAACUAGAUCAUGAGGAUAUUCGCUUACCAAAAUUUAGUGUUGUUUAUGAUCUGGAGGAAGAGUUGGGCGAACAUCCUAGAGUCGCCUUUGAAAAUGACACUGGUAUUCUUCUGCAAGAUUUCCCCAGUGAAGAUGAUUGGGAAGUUUUGCAGGGGAUAGAACAGUUUGAAGAGUCUGAGAAGGUAGAAAUGGAAGAGCUUGAAGAAAGAAUGGAGAAAGAUCCUGGUGAAUGGAAUGAUAUAUAUCGCAACGCGCGCAAGUCGGAGAAGCUUAACUUCGAAUCAAAUGAAAGGGAUGAAGGAGAAUUAGAAAGAACAGGACAGCCAGUGUGUAUAUACGAGAUAUAUGGAGGAUCUGGAGCUUGGCCAUUUUUGCAUCAUGGUUCUUUAUACCGGGGCUUAAGUCUUUCAAAGAGAGCAAGAAGGUUGAGAUCGGAUGAUGUGGAUGCAGUUGGUCGGCUCUCUCUCCUUAAUGAUACUUAUUUCCGGGAUCUUCUCUGUGAGAUGGGAGGAAUGUUUGCAAUUGCAAACAAGGUUGAUAACAUUCAUAAGAGGCCUUGGAUUGGAUUUCAAUCCUGGCGUGCUUCUGGUAGAAAGGUUUCUUUGUCUACAGCAGCAGAGAAAGUUUUGGAAGAGAUGAUACAAGGGAAACCUAAAGGUGAUGUCAUAUACUUUUGGGCACGGUUGGACAUGGAUGGUGGAGUUGCAGGAAUGGAAGAUGUCCUUACAUUUUGGUCGAUGUGUGAUAUGUUGAAUGGUGGAGGCUGCAGAAAUGCUUUUGAGCAUGCGUUCCAAAAGAUGUACUCAUUACCACCUCAAAUGGAAGCUCUGCCUCCAAUGCCUGAAGAUGGUGGUUACUGGUCCACUCUUCAUAGCUGGGUCAUGCCGACCCCUUCAUUUCUUGAGUUUAUGAUGUUCACUCGGAUGUUUGCUGACUCUCUGGCCUCCUUGCAUGUAAAUUCUAGCUCAAGCAACUUCUGUUUGAUGGGUUCCACGGAACUUGAGAAAAGGCACUGUUACUGUCGUGUUCUGGAGCUUCUGAUCAAUGUGUGGGCCUAUCAUAGUGCAAGGAAGAUGGUCUACAUGGACCCGCACACGGGUUUGCUGUUGGAGCAGCAUCCGAUUGAGCUAAGGAGAGGGUUCAUGUGGUCAAAGUACUUCAACUUCACGCUUCUCAAGAGCAUGGACGAAGACCUAGCAGAAGCUGCCGAUGAUGGUGAUUACCCUUCGGAGCAAUGGCUAUGGCCGUUAACAGGUGAAAUCCACUGGCAAGGGGUCUAUGACAGGGAGAGGGAGGAGAGGUACAGGCUGAAGAUGGACAAGAAGAGGAAAACCCGAGAGAAACUGUACGAGAGGAUGAAAUUCGGGUAUAAGCAGAAAUCACUCGGGAGAUGAGAGCAGAGAAUUAUUUGUUUUGCCUUGGAAACUUUGUCAAGGCAUAUCUGUCCAAGGGUGCCCCAACGAGACACUCGCGAUAUAGCUUGGAGAUGCAUAAGAUUUGAGGGAGUCGGGUUAUUCCUUCUAACCAUAUGGCAGCAUUGAUCCUGUCAUUACCACUUUGAAAUUGAUCUCUUCAUUCUUUACGGAGGCAAGCAGGUAAGAUUGAGAAGCAGCUUCCUCUGAGAUGGAUAUUUCUUUGCAUUUUCCGUAAGUUUUAGUUCGAUAGGUUUGAUUGAGGUGGCGGGAGUAUAUAACCAGAAUUCGAGAGCGCUGGAGUUUAGAUUCGAUUUUGUUCUUUAACACUAUGAUUAAGAAGUUUCAUAGUUAGGGAGAGUCUCUAAUUCUUUUCCUCUGUACAUGCGAUCUGCUAUAUGAGAAGGAGAUUUUCAUGAGAGUUCGGAUUUUAAUUUCCAUUAGAAAUAGAAGCUUCUAAUUUUUUUUUUCCGAGUUCGGAACCUACUUGUUACUUUCGACUAGUCUUAUUCAAGUUCUACAAAAUCAUUGAA